AUGUUGAUCACAUCUUCCUGGAUCCAAGGGAUGAGAGCGCGGAGAACGGCUCAGCGAUCAUCUUUCGUGCUUCAAUUACCCGAUCUCGUUAUGCGUCGGCUAUUGAUCGAUACCGACUGCGGAACGGACGACGCGUGUGCCAUUCUACUCGCGGUGCGAGUCGCGCAGAAGGAUCCCGACAUUCGUAUCGAAGCUAUCACGACCUGCAGUGGGAAUAUUGAGCUCGCGAAAGUGCGCCCGAACGUGCUGCGGGUGCUGAAGUUGUGCGACGCGACCGAUAUCCCCGUGUUCGAAGGGGUUGGACGUCCGCUCGUCGAACCUCUCAAAGACGCGAGUCAGUAUCAUUGCGAUGACGGUUUCGGUGGGGUAUCCGGUGAUUAUCCCGCGCCCGAAAUACCAUGCCCUGCGGAGCACGCCGUCAACGCCAUGAUCCGACUCGCUCGAAAACUCAGGCAGGAACUGAUAGUCGUGAGUUUAGGACCGUUGACAAACGUCGCGCUGGCGCAGAAACUCGAUCCCGAAUUCCUCUCGAACCUCAAAGAGCUCGUCGUGAUGGGAGGCAGCAGCAUCGGGUCCGGGAACGACACUCCGGGAGCCGAGUUCAAUUUUUCUUGGGAUCCCGAAGCUGUUGCCAUUGUCGUCAACGAGAUCGAGAAGGCUGAUAAGUUGACGAUAGUCACCAUGGAAGCAUGCAGGAAUUAUCCUUUGGAUUGGAGGUGGUUCGACUCACUUGACGAGUCGAAUAAGUACAUUGAGUUCUUGAAGAAGAUCAUGGGGAGCGCGGCGAAACGCUGGCGAGCCGAGGGACAUCUCGGGCUGUACGUUUACGAUUUGACAGCUAUGGCAGUCUAUCUUGACCCCGCUAUCGCUACGAAAGCCCUCACCUGCCCAAUCUACGCCGAGCUCCGCGGACAAUGGUCAAGAGGCGCGAUAGUGCUCGACCGAAGGAUUCCGCAUCGAUGGAACAGAGAGGCGAACGCUCGAAUCGUCUCCGAUAUCGACACUGAUCUCCUGAAGUUAAUGUACAACCGCAUGCUGUGAAGUGAGGACGUCUCAUAGACUCCUGAAGUCAAAAGGCUAACCAUAGAUCCGUCGGUGACUCAUGCCGAACUCCAGCGCGAUCACAGGCCACGUUCAGGGAAACUCCCAUACCAGCGCAUUGUUCUGUUGGGGAGCCAAUUCGGAAUGAUUGAGCUCUGGCUCAGGCGGUCUUUCCGUGAAUAAAUGUUUUGAAA